AUGUCGGAGACAUUCAAAGUGUGCUUCUGUUGCAGCAGAAGCUUCAAGGAGAAAACGAGGCAGCCGGUACCAGGGAGCAUCAAGAGGCUCUUCGAAGCUUACUCAAGAAACGGCAAGAUGUCUUCCGAUGAGCUGCUUAGGUUUGUGAGCGAAAUCCAAGGAGAAGGGCGCGCAGGGGUGGAGCACGUGCAGGAAAUCUUCAACAGCGUUAAACACCACAACGUUUUUCAUAUACAUGGACUUGUUCAUCUCAACGCCUUCUAUCGCUACCUCUUUAGCGAUGCAAACUCUCCUCUUCCCUUGUCUCGCCAGGUGCAUCAUGACAUGAAGGCCCCGUUAUCGCAUUACUUUGUGUACACGGGACACAACUCUUACUUGACUGGGAACCAAGUGAACAGCAGAAGCAGCGUAGAGCCCAUCGUCCACGCUCUAAGAAAAGGUGUCAAAGUGAUCGAGCUCGACUUGUGGCCCAACCCUUCUGGGAACGCUCCCGAAGUUCGUCAUGGCGGGACACUUACAUCGCAUGAAGAUUUGCAGAAAUGUCUCAACGCCAUAAAGGAUAACGCCUUUCAUGUGUCUGAUUAUCCUGUCAUCAUUACUCUCGAAGAUCAUUUGUCACCUACUCUUCAAGCUCAAGUUGCCAAGAUGUUAACUAAAACAUUCAGAGGGAUGUUGUAUCGUUGUGGCUCAGAGAGUUAUAAGCAUUUUCCAUCACCAGAAGAACUAAAGAAGAAGAUUCUGAUUUCUACAAAGCCUCCAAAGGAGUAUCUUGAGAGCCAGGCUGUUCAGGUGGUCUCAAGAACUCCAAUGCAUCAUAAAGAGACUUCGUGGAGCAGACCAGCAAGUGGUGCUAAUAUGGCAUGGAGAGGAGAAAACAAGAAUCCUAAAGAGGAAGGAGAGGAGAGUGAAGCAGUUGGAUAUAAAGACUUGAUAGCGGUUCAGGCUGGGAACUGCAAAGGUGGUUUGGAAAAUUGCUUGAGGGAUGAUCCAAAGAAGCCUCGAAGGAUAAGCAUGGACGAGCAGCUGCUAGAGACUGUGGUUAGAGCUAGAGGAACUGAUGUUGUAAGGUUUACACAGAGGAAUAUUGUGAGGAUAUAUCCAAAAGGGACAAGACUGGACUCAUCAAAUUACGAUCCUCUUGUAGGAUGGACACACGGUGCUCAAAUGGUUGCUUUUAACAUGCAAGGACAUGGGAAGCAACUAUGGAUAAUGCAAGGCAUGUUCAGAGGCAAUGGUGGAUGUGGCUACCUUAAAAAGCCUCGCAUUUUGCUGGACACGCAGACACUCUUUGAACCCUCCAAAAGGCAAACCAUCAAGACCACUCUCAAGGUGAAGAUCUUCACAGGCGAAGGAUGGGAUCUGGAUUUCCCUCACACACACUUCGAUCAGUACUCUCCUCCUGAUUUCUUCGUCAAGGUUGGAACAGUAGGAGUUGCGAGAGACAGCAUAUCUUACAGAACGGAGACAGCGGUUGAUCAGUGGUUUCCUACAUGGAAGGAUGAGUUCCUGUUUCAGCUCUCUGUUCCAGAACUGGCCCUUGUGUGGUUCAGAGUGCAAGACUACGACAAUGACACCCAGAAUGACUUCGCCGGACAGACAUGUCUCCCUCUCCCGGAACUGAAGCCCGGAGUUAGAGCCGUCCGGCUACACGAUCGAGCAGGAAAGCCUUACAAAAACGCGAGGCUUCUCGUCAGCUUCUCCUUUGAUCCUCCUUACACCUUUCACAACAUCUCCUGA